AUGUCUGAUAUUAGUAGUACAGAGACUAAUAAUUCAUUGAAAAGAAAAUUAGAAGAGGAUGAGCAAGAAUUGAAUAUUAAUUUCAAUGAUGGUAGUUCUAAUUCAAGUAGUAAAAGAAUGGCAUUAGAUUCAUCUCAAAAUAAAGAAGAAGUUAAACAAGAAGAAUCUUCACCUGCUACUGAAGAACCAACUAAGAAAGAAGUCAAAUUUGAAGAACAAGAAGAACCAAAGAAGAAAAAGAAAGGUGUUAAAUUCCAGGAAGAGGCCGAAGUAGUUGAAGAAAAACCUAAGAAGAAGGGUGUUAGUUUUCAAGAACCAGAAGAUGAUGAAGAAGAACAAGAACCAAAGAAGAAAGGUGUUAGUUUCCAAGAGCCAGAAAAUGAGGAAGAAGAAGAAGAAGAUGGGGAAGAAGAGUCAGAAGAAGAAGACAAAGAAUCAAAACCUACUCCAAUUGAACAACAACUUCCACCAGUCGGAUCAGACUCUGAAAUUACUUUUCAACCACAACAAGAAACAUAUCAAGAAUCAUCACAUCAAGUUUCUCAUAAAGAUGAAAUUACUUAUAGAAUGUAUUGUCCUGUUAAAGAAGCAAGUACUAUAGUUGGUAAAAAAGGUGAAACAAUAACUCAUAUUAGAAGAAAAGCAGAUGUUAAAGUAUCUGUAUCUGAAAAUUUACCUGGUGUUCCAGAAAGAAUUGUUACUGUUAAAGGAUCAAUUGAAAACGUAGCAAGAGCAUUUGGAUUAAUUGUAAGAACAAUAUUAGAGGAACCAGAAGAUGAACCGGCAACAAUUGAUUCACAAACAUAUAAUUUAAAAUUAUUGAUUCCACAUCCAAUGAUUGGUUUUAUAAUUGGAAAACAAGGUUCUACAUUUCGUAAAAUUGAAGAGGAAUCAGCAUCAAAAUUAAAAGCUGCUGAACAACCAUUGGCAUUUUCUACAGAUAGAAUUUUAUCAGUUCAAGGAGUUGCUGAUGCAAUUCAUAUAGCUUUAUAUUAUAUUGCGUUGGAAAUUUUAGAACAUAAAGAUGUUUUAAAAAAAAGUAAUAAUAAGAUAAUUUUAUAUAAUCCAGCAAAUUAUCAACAUAAUCAACAAAUUCCUUCAUCUCCUUCGAAUCCUACUGCUCCAAUUUCGGUAACUUCUAAUUUAGCUAGUUCUUCAAAUCCUUUACCUUUUCAAACUACUACACCUCAACAAUCACAAUCUCAACCUUUUAAUGUUUUACCUUAUGGUCAAGCACCUGGUAUACCUGCAGCUCUUCAACAAUUGCAACAACAACCAGCAACUCAACCUUUUAAUUUGGCAAAUUUAUUCCCACAAACUCAACAACCACAACAAAAUCCAAAUCCAUAUAUGCAACAACAACCAGUUCAACAACAAGCACCAAUGGGUGGUAUGGGUAUGAAUCAACAACCAGCAGUACCAUCUUCAAUUCCACAACAAAAUCAAUAUAUAGAUGAGUAUGGGAAUAAUAUGAUUGGUGAAGUUAUUGUAAAACCUGCUGUUCAAAUUGGUAAUGGUAAAUUUAAUCAAGAUAUAUUUGUAGCUAAUAGUUCAAUUGGUUCAGUUAUUGGAAAAGGUGGUAAUAAUAUAAAACAUAUUAGAACUAAUUCAGGCUGUUCAUAUGUUGAUAUUGAACCAGAUAUGGGUCAAUCAAUAAUGGUAAAAGGUAAAGGUUUAACUAAUAUUAGAAAAUUGACAUUAACAGGUACUCCAGAAAGUUUUAAUAUGGCAAUUUAUUUAAUUAAUCAAAGAAUAAAUGCAGAUAGGGAAAGAAAUGCUAGAUAA